AUGAUGGAGGGUCGAGACUAUGCCGAAGACGACGAGGGCCUCUUUCGCUUCGAUAACGAGGAAGAAGAGGCUGCCUUUCUCAGCGGCCUGAACGAGGACGAAUUGAUGGAGCCUCUGACACCGAUCGGAUCGGCUGAGCCCGUCAUCGCCCCAGCCGCACUCCACCACUCCGCCGCCGCCGCCGCAUCUGGAAGGCCCCACAAUAAUAGCAACAACAACAACAACUUCUCCUCUGUCAACGCUUGGCAACACCCGGAGCCUGCGUCGCCGCCGCCCCCGUCUCUGUCGUACUCGCCUUCACCUAGCACUACGCCAGCUACACAUUAUCACCCUGCAGACCGGCGCCGGCUUUCGUCACGUCGCUCACGACAAUCCCAGCUGUCCCAUCAGGGCUCAGAUCAAAGUCUCGGCCAGCAUGCUCACCGCCCACCGACAGUUCCUAAAAGUGUGCACCAUGAGGAUCUCCAGCAGCUUGACCCUCACACGAUGCGCUAUGCACAUCAACCUCCUGGCCAGUAUCAGGUUGAUGAUGAUGGCCUUGCCAGUGAUGAUGUUGAAGAGCGGACCCACGACCAGGACAUGAUGACUGAAGAUGAGCCUACUAGAGACGAGCUCAGGGAGAACGGCUUCGUCGAAAUUGACGCCGACGGUGUCCAAGCCAUGUUUAACGGCAACGAGGCGGACCGGGUCACAGCUCAGAAAUUUCAGUCCGAGGUUCUGAAAACCAUAAAGCAGAACGGCAAGGUGGUCUACAUGGUCGGCCAGGCGACCGCUCAGUGGUGGCUGAGUUCAGAGAUGCAGAAGCGGCGGAGAGCUGCCGCGCGCCGAAUGUUGGACAUCGGGGGCGCAGUUGCAUCCUCGGCCGGGAACGUCAUCAUGAACAACACUCCCAUCGGCGGAGUCGUGACCACGGUGUCGGAUAAUGUCACUGCAUUCAGAGCUGCGCCAUUUCGAUACACGAUGCAGGGGCUUGGGAUCAUGAAGAAGGACAGAUCUGCAGCUGCGGUCCUCUCACCCACGGCAGCCGAUCCCCGUGUGUCGGACAGCGACUUCUUGGGCCCAGGUGACGACAGGCAUUUUGCGUCCUCACCUACGAUAGUCCAGGAUGAGGACGACGACGAUAUGUUAGGUGUGCUGAAUUUUGAUGAGGACGAGGACGACAUCUAA